AGGGCAACAAAAAUCAUCUCUGCAUUCCAUUAGAAAAAUAACAUCUGUAGGAAGUUGGAAGCAAGACAUCCGAGUUCUCAAGUCCCAAAGCUCGGGCGAUCUGCGCCAUGGCGAUGGCACGCGCUCAAGUGUAGGUAGCCUCUCUCCCACCAGGCCACCAGGGCUCCCCGCUCCACUGCCACACCGCAACGCAAUGCCCCCACCGCGGCCCCGCCUCCCCGCCUCGGCCCCAGCCCGCGCCAUCUACGCGUCCUCAGCCUCCCCCGCCGCGCGCGCCCACCACCCGCUCGACGGAAUGCCGCGCCGCGGCGCCGCGGACCGCCUCUCGCACCUCCCGGCCGCGCUCGCGGAUUUCAUCCGAACGCGUGCGGCGGGGGCGGGAGGCCGCGGCCCGUGCCGGUACUCCUACGGGAGCUCCAUCGCCGCCUGCGCCACCUCCGCCGCGCCGCUCGCCUUCGCCGAGCAGCUCUACUGCGCCGCCUGGAAGGACGGGCUCUCGCGGGACGCCUACGUAUGCAGCGCCGCGGUCGACCUGCUCGCGAAGCACGGCCGCCUGGAGGACGCGCUGCGGGCGUUCGAGGACGGGGACCGCGGCAGCGUUGUCUGCUGGAACGCGGCCAUCUCCGGGACGGCGCGCAACGGUGAGCACGCGCUCGGCAUCGAGAUGUUCUGUGACAUGGUGAGGGGGUCCUCUUGCGGGCCCAACUCGUUCACGUACUCUGGGGUGCUCAGUGCGUGCGCGGCCGGUGCAGUGUUGGGGGUUGGGAGGGCGGUGCAUGGCAUGGUGGUCAGGUGUGAUCCCGGGUACGAUGUCUUCGUUGGGACAUCGAUUGUUAACAUGUAUGUGAAAUGCAGCGAGAUGGGUGCUGCCAUGAAUGAGUUCUGGAGGAUGCCAAUCCGGAAUGUGGUUUCAUGGACAACUGCAAUCGCUGGUUUUGUGCAGGAGGAGGAUCCAACAAGUGCCAUGCUACUGCUCAGGGAAAUGGUGCGGAGCGGCGUGGCGAUUAACAAAUACACUGCUACGAGCAUAUUGCUCGCCUGUGCUCAGAUGUCCAUGAUACAGGAGGCUAACCAGGUGCAUGGCAUGAUUAUGAAGACUGAGCUGUACUUGGAUCAUGUUGUCAAGGAAGCUUUGAUUUCCACAUAUGCAUAUGUUGGGGCUAUUGAGCUGUGUGAGAAGGUGUUUCAAGAAGUUGGCACAGUUAGCAACAGAAGCAUCUGGUCAGCUUUCAUAUCCGGGGUUAGCAGCCAUAGCCUACAAAGAUCAAUUCUGUUGUUAAGGAGGAUGCUAUCUCAGGGCCUGAGACCAAAUGACAAAUGCUAUGCUUCUCUUUUCAGUUUCGUUGAUUCAACUGAGCUUGGCAAACAGCUGCAUUCAUUGGUCAUAAAAGAUGGGUUUGUUCAGGCUGUUCUUGUGGGAAGUGCACUCUCCACCAUGUACUCCAGAUGUAAUGAUUUGAAGGAUAGCUACAAGGUCUUUGAAGAGAUGCAGGAACGGGAUGAAGUGUCAUGGACAUCAAUGGUUGCUGGUUUUGCAACACAUGGUCAUUCAGGUGAGGCAUUCCAGGUGUUCAGGGAUAUGAUUGUUGAUGGUUUUACACCAGAUGAUGUGUCGUUACGUCCCAUUCUAUCAGCCUGUAACAAACCAGAGUAUUUGCUCAAAGGGAAGGAAGUUCAUGGACAUGUCUUUCGUGUCUAUGGAGGAACCACAUCCAUUAACCAUUUCCUUGUUUCCAUGUACUCCAAAUGUCGAGAUUUAAAAUCAGCUCAAAGAAUUUUUUAUGCAACUCAAUGCAAAGACCAGGACAUGUUAUCUUCAAUGAUAUCUGGAUACGCUACAAAUGGUUAUAGUGAGGAGGCAAUCUCAUUGUUUCAGCUUAUGUUUACAACUGGUUUUCGAAUAGAUAGAUUUGUAUGCUCAUCAAUUAUUAGCGUCUGUGCUGACAUGGCAAGACCAUUCUAUGGUAAACUAUUACACGGGUAUGCAGCUAAAGUAGGCAUACUAUCUGACCUGUCCGUGGGCAGUUCUCUUGUGAAGCUAUACUCCAAAAGCGGCAACCUGGAUGAUUCUCGUAAAGUUUUUGAUGAAAUAAGUGCCCCUGAUUUAGUUACUUGGACAUCUAUAAUUGAUGGAUACGCUCAGCAUGGAAGCAGUCAGGAUGCUUUGGUGAUGUUUGAUUUGAUGAUUAGACAUGGAGUUAAACCAGACCCUGUUGUACUUGUGAGUGUUUUGUCUGCUUGUGUCCGUAAUGGUUUGGUUGAAGAAGGCUUCAAACAUUUUAAUUCAAUGAGAACUGUGUAUGGGGUUGAGCCAGUGUUGCACCACUACUGCUGUAUGGUUGAUUUACUUGGUCGAUCUGGGAGGCUUGCAGAGGCGAAAAGUUUUAUUGAGAGUAUGCCUGUAAAACCUGACUUUAUGGUGUGGAGCACACUGCUUGCUGCUUGCAGGGUUCAUGAUGAUGCUGUACUUGGACGUUUUGUAGAAAAUAAGAUCCGUGAAGAAAAUUAUGAUUCAGGGUGUUUUGCUACUCUUUCAAACAUUCGAGCAAAUUCUGGAGACUGGGACGGAGUAAUGGAAAUAAGGAAAUCAGUCAAGGAUGGGAAGAAAGAACCUGGAUGGAGUAUGUUGUAAGAAUAAAAAUGCUUCAAGAGAUAUAUAGAAAAAAAGUGAAUGCCACACAGAACUUAGAAACAUGUGUGAUGGCACAAAUCGGCCAUAGAAAUUGACCAAAACAUUUUGCAGAAUGAGGUACAGCUAGAUUGACUUUACAUGAGGUUCCAUCUUGUGAAGUGUUGGGCUUCUGCUGCUGCUGUGCCUGCAAACAACCAAACAUUGUUGGGCUGUUGGCUGUUGAACGAACCGAUUUGCUGAGCUAGAGGAGCUUUCCAAUACAAAAUGUGAAGCUUAUAUGGACUGCAAGGCAGAUAACAUCUUUAGUUCUGUUAUUUGCUUGUUGCAAUUGAUUGACAAACUCAUGAGUAUUUCUUGCAAAAAUAUUGGAAGGAUAUGAAACAGUUGCAGAUCCAGCAGAGGAGAAGAAAAGCCAAAGAUCUUUGUCCUCUCAACUCGAUGCAGUAGCAGACAGGAAAUUUAUAUAUGUUGCUACUUAGCAGAUACGGAACAAGAAACAAUAUGGUGAUUGACGUGCAAACAGAUAUCUUGAAUUUGACGGUGAAUGGAACUGCUAUUUGACAUUUCUGUGGGUGGUGGGGGGCAAGGGAGAGAAUCACAUGGUUUUCUUGUAUAUGGGUCAUCAUCUUUAUCUCCAAUAGCUCCAUUUGCAUCUAUACCCCAAUCAUCUGUGUAUCCAUAGGAUGGUUCAAGCUGUUCCAUCUCUGUGUUUGGCAAAGCUUCAUUCAUGCUACUGACUAUUUCAGGGGCCAUGCUUAGAAGCACUGAUGUGACAGCUGAUGAUUUCUCCAGUGAUUGUGUUUCAAAUGGCAAGAUGAUCGGACUGCUAUGGGUGUCUUUCUCUGACAGCUGAGGUAAAGAUAGACUGCGGUUAAAGUUAAUAACUUUACAUGAAGAGCCAUCUUGUGAACUGUUGAGCUUCUGCUGCUGCCGCCCCUGGAAACAUUGUUGGCUAUUGAAUUGAUUUGCUGAGCAUGAUGAGCUUUCCAAAG